AGAGAGAGAGAGAGAGAGAGAGAGAGAGAGAGAGAGAGAGAGAGAGAGAGAGAGGCCGUCUGACACACACAACAAAAUACAGUAGAUAGAAAUGUGGAUACUGUAAUCAGAUAGAUAGAUAGAUAGAUAGAUAGAUAGAUAGAUAGAUAGAUAGAUAGAUAGAUAGAUAGAUAGAUAGAUAUUUGCUUUAGGUAAGUAUAGUACAGUAGUACAUAGGUACUUCGGAAGCUCACCAGAACUACAAGUGUACUAAAUUAUGUGCACUGCUUGAUAUUACUACCUUUGAGAGAUUGUAGUACUUUAAUAGUACACAUGUAGUAAGAAGUAAUUCAUUGACCAUUCUGAACGAUACUUUGCUGAGGCCAUAAUGGCUUUGCUAAACUGGGAUUCUCCAGAAACUGGUUUGCUUUAACUGGAAUUCCCAAUAAAGUGAACCAAUGUUUCAAAGGAACUGGAUUUCUAAAUGGGAAUUACAAAGAAGCAGUGUUGGAUAAACAGAGAUUCCAAAACAAACUGGCAUUUCUGAGCUGAGAGAAGAAAAACAUUGAGCUUGCUGAACUGCAAUUGCAAAUAAACUGGGAAAGCGGAACUGAGAUUCUGGACUUAAAAGAGGAAGAAAGCAGCAGAGAAAGCAGAAUGGCCUCUAAUCUAAGUGACAGCCUCACUUCUAUGGACUGGCUCCCUCAGCUCAAUCUCAAAGGGUGUGUGAAAAGCAGGAGCUCAGAGCUGGGGGCCCAAACUGAGAAGGGGCCCCGGGGGACAAGCAAGCCCCCCUUCAGCUACGCCACUCUCAUCAGCCAGGCCAUCAAGUCCACCCCCCGAGGGAGAAUGAGCCUCAAUGAUAUCUACAGCUGGAUCUGUGAGCAGUACCCCUACUACAAGAACACUGGGGCAGGCUGGAAGAACUCGAUCAGGCACAAUCUCUCCCUCAAUAAGUGUUUCCGGAAGAUUCCGCGACCCAGGGAUGACCCCGGGAAGGGAUCCUAUUGGACGAUAGACAGCUGCCCAAAAGAAGACCCACCCCUCCCAAGAGGAAAAAGACCACACCCACCAGACCAUGAGGUGUCUCAGGAUUCCUUAAUGGAACAGGAAGUAACCUCAAGCACAAGUCAGGGACUGCAGAGUGAGAGUGUGAGAGAUGAGAUACUGUGGGAAGGACCUCCGCCAAGCAAGGUGGCCCCUCCCCUGCUGUCCCCCUUUUCUCUUCCCCAGCCCCCUCCCCCUCAGCCUGGGCGUGGUGAGCCCCCUCAGAGCUGCCCCUUGCGCUUUUCCUUCACUGAGAUGCAUCUGCAGGACCUGCUGGGGUCUUCAUUCCAGAGUCUGUACCGGACCAUGACAGGGAAGACUGGACCCCCUGACAGUGCUCCUCACUCCAACAGGACUUCAUGUAUGUUUGAGCAGGCUGCCCCCCUGCACACCCCCCCCUUCCCCUCCGAUCCCCCCCAGCCCCCUCCCCCCCCCCCCCUCCUCCUCCUCCUCCCCCCAGGACAGUGCUGUCCCAGUGCAAGGCCCUGUGCGGAACAACCCUCCCCGAACUCCACUCUUCACUGCAGGACACAUUGCAGAGGGACCAUCCCUUCUGAUUGGUUCUCCAGUAUUGACAGUCUCAAAGAGAGUUUCAAAAUCGCCAAUAACCUCGACUGGUCUACCAUCGAUCUCACUCAUUUUCCUGAUCUUUUAAAGAGCAUGCAGCAGGCUGACAUGUCUAACUGGUCCUUGGAUCCCACUCUCUUCACCUCCCUCUGUGAUUCACUGAACCAAUUCUUCACCCAAACUGGCCUGAUCCACUCCCAUCACACCCUGCAGUCCCCCCACAGUGGGGCCAUCAACUCCCAUCACACCCUGCAGCCCCCCCAGAGCCAGGUUGUCAACUCCCAUCAAACCCUGCAGCCUCUGAGUGGUCUCGCCCCUUCCCACAAUGCAGUUCAGCAGCCGUUGGGAAGAAGAUCCCAGACCAACGCCAUCAAUGAGUUUCUGCAUUCCCGAGAUCGAGCAGCACACACUUUGCCAGGAUUCCCUUCCCAGCAAGCACUGAGACACCCCAAUGCUGCCACCUCUUCAGGAACUACAGUAGGCUCAGUUCCACAUUCUCAAGCCCCUCCCCUUCCUGCCCACCCCCCAAAACUGCGUUACACUAGCAACAGUGAAGAAAUCCCAGACGACUUCGACUGGGAUUUAUUAUUGAACUGAAAUGGAUUGAAAAAUAGUGUCUCAACCCUCAAUACCAUCAAAUUUGUAUGGAUUGUAAUAGAACUUAUAGGCAACCUGUGAGAAAAAAAUAUGGUUAUCAAGAAACUGCAGUAACUGCAAGUAUUCUUCUUGGAACUACCAAACAAGCAGAAUCAGAAUAACAACUACACCUCCCAGCAUGCCUCUAUAUUGUAGAAACAGAGAGGGAUCGUGUGAGUUGUAGUUCUUUUUUUUAUAAAGACAGUGUAUAAUGAUUGGGACUACAGGACUACACUGCAAGCAGCAACCUGAGCAAUCACUGAGC